UUUUACCCACAUUUAUGAAGAAAUUUUAGUGGGGAAGUGGGAAAAAAAAGGGAGCCUUUUCACAGGAGGAGAAAAAAGAUUGCUUUGCCUUAAGAAACCGACUCUUAACAGAAGUGGAAUGUGGGUUUGAAGACAGAUUACUCUAUAGUCGGCAAAACCCACUUUCUGUGCGUCGGUUCCUUUGUUCAAAAUCAAGAGAAUAGAUUAAAGCUGUCAUUUUUUUGAAGCAAUGUGUUUUUGUUUCUAAACAAAGCUGACUUUUUUUUCUUUUUCUUUUUUUUUUUUUGGAGUGUUUGGUGAAAAGAGAAUAUUGGGAAGCUGACCUGGGGUUCGUUUUCUAUUUCUAAAGAUUUUAAUUCUUUGCUCUCUUUUUCUCUUUUUAUUUUUAUUGUAUUGCUUGAUACUUGGAAUGGGGGGAUUAUUUUAGAAUUUAGAUUAAUGGGUCUUACAGUUCAUAUCUUGCCAGCAAGCAAAACGCGUUUGCUUUCCGUGUUGAUUUUUGUUCUCCCUCAAACGUGUUGUUGUUUGUUUUGCUUACAGGCAGUCACCAGAUCUGCAUUUGCAUUUGCAAGAAAUUCUCAGCAGACAUUCUUAUUGAUCAAGUGGGGAACUUUAGAGUUUGCUCUUGAAAGAUAAAUAAGUUCAGUGAAUUCAGAAAUUUUGCUCGAAGGAGGAUUGUGGCUUUGAGAUUUGUGGAGACACAGUUCUUUUUGAGCAAAAUUUUCUUUGAUUGAUUUACACGGGGUGUGACGUUCGUCACUGUAUUUGAGAUUGUUGGGGAGAUAGUAUUAUUUUGAAACAGAUUUGUUAAUCUGGGGGUCUUGUGCCAAAGGUGCAAAGCUUCCGCUGAUAGAUAUGGCAUCAGGAGAUGGAAGGCGUAAUCGCCAGGAUCUUGUGCCUCUUGCUGCCUUGAUUAGCAGAGAAAUGAGAAGUGAGAAGAUGGAGAAGCCGACCGUCAGAUAUGGGCAUGCAGCACAGUCUAGAAAAGGAGAGGAUUAUUUCUUGAUAAAAACGGAUUGUCAGAGAGUACCUGGCAAUUCUUCUUCAACCUUUUCUGUUUUUGCGAUAUUCGAUGGGCACAAUGGAAAGGCUGCAGCAAUUUAUACAAGAGAGAAUCUUUUGAAUCAUGUAAUGAGUGCUGUUCCUCACGGACUUGGGCGGGAUGAGUGGCUUCAAGCUUUACCUCGAGCAUUAGUUGCUGGUUUUGUAAAGACUGAUAAGGAGUUCCAGAGCAGAGGAGAAACAUCUGGAACUACAGCUACAUUUGUAAUAGUUGAUUCGUGGACUGUCACUGUUGCCUCUGUGGGAGAUUCACGUUGUAUUUUGGAUACUCAAGGCGAUUCUGUUUCCACAUUAACUGUUGAUCAUAGACUUGAAGAAAAUGUGGAAGAGAGGGAACGAGUGACAGCAAGUGGAGGUGAAGUUGGAAGGCUUAGUAUAGUUGGUGGUGCUGAGAUUGGACCUCUCCGUUGUUGGCCAGGAGGUUUAUGCCUUUCUAGGUCAAUUGGAGACACAGAUGUUGGAGAAUUUAUAGUACCUAUACCAUAUGUCAAGCAAGUGAAGCUGUCAAAUGCAGGUGGCAGGCUUAUAAUUGCAUCUGAUGGCAUAUGGGAUGCUCUAUCUUCAGAAGCUGCAGCAAAAUCUUGUCGGGGUUUGCCAGCUGAUCUUGCUGCUAGACAAGUUGUCAAGGAAGCAUUGAGGACAAGGGGACUAAAGGAUGACACAACCUGUAUAGUUGUUGACAUAAUUGCUCCUGACAAUUCAGAAAAGCCUUCACCAGUCAAAAAACAAAAUGUACUGAAAUCCUUGUUAUUUAGGAGAAAGUCGAGUUCCAAUAAAUUGUCAAAGAAGCUUUCAGCCGUUGGUAUAGUGGAAGAGCUAUUUGAAGAAGGCUCAGCAAUGCUUGCUGAAAGACUCGGAAAUGAUGAUGCCACGGGGCAAUCAACAUCUGGUCUUUUCACAUGUGCUGUAUGUCAAGUUGACCUUGCUCCAAGCGAGGGCAUAUCUGUUCAUGCUGGUUCCAUCUUCUCCACUAGCACAAAGCCCUGGCAAGGGCCAUUUCUGUGUGCUGGCUGCCGUGAUAAGAAGGACGCCAUGGAAGGAAAGCGUCCAAGUGGGGUCAAAGUGGCAUAAAUAGACUUCUUCCCCAUUAUUUCCCUCAUUUAUUUGUCCCUUAUUCUUUUCUUCUUUUAUCAUCUACCUUUUCCUAGGUCAGGCAGCAAUUGAUUCUAUCUUGCUUUAUAAUCAGAUGUAUAUGAGAUUAGUGAUUCAAUGAAUAAUAUAUAAUGAGUGUUGGCAAUGAAUUACAUGUUCCUAU